UUUAGAGCAAAGACCGGUGCGCAAGUGCAUUGAAAAAAAAUAUAUUUCACCGAAUCGGCUUCUCUACGUACUCGGAGUAUGAGUUUUGCAUUGCACCGAUCUCCAACUGCCACAUGGAAUUGGAUCAAUGAGAAAAUAGUGAGGUGUAUUGGUUAAGCACUGGUGCAUUACACCAUUGAAAUUUGGAAAUGUACAAGCAACUAAUUAGUUUGAUAAUUUUUGCUGGCUAAUUAUUUAGUGCGAGAACAUUUGAGCUAAACAAGGCAAAUAGGCGAGCCUUGUAGCGACAGCAGAAAGAAACCGCCUGCCGUAGGUAAGGACACCACGGGACAAUUUGGUAAUUUCAUCUUUCCAAGGCAGCAAGCUGCCAGCCUCCCCGCUUAAAAGCGAGCGAAAAGCAAACAUGAGAGAAGAAAGCGAGGAGGAGAGAGGCCAAUCAACCAAUGGAUCCCGGGGACGCCUUCUCGGCGAACGCCUUCAAGUGGGAUCCCCGGGUGCCGGCGCCAACGCCGCUUCCUCACUGUCGGUCGAUGGAACCCCCACCACCGCCGGCGGCUGCGGGGGAAGAGGAGGCGGUGGAGCAGCGGCAGGAGCCGCGGGAGCUGGGGGAGGUGUUCGCGGGGUACGGGGUGCGGUACGCGACGGUGGCGCGGCUGGGGGAGCUAGGGUUCACGGCGAGCACGUUGGUGGGGAUGACGGAGGGGGAGGUGGAGGAGGUGCUGGCCGCCCUCGCCCACCUCUUCCGGUGGGACCUCCUCCUCGGCGAACGCUACGGCAUCAAGGCCGCCCUCCGAGCCGAGCGCCGCCGCCUCCUUCACCACCACCAGGCCAUGCUCUUCCUCCACCACGACCACAACCACCAGCACGCCGCCGGCGAUGAUGUUCGUCGAAGGAUGCUUCUUCUCAACUCCCCCGACCGCCACCUUCUCGCCGGGGUCCUCGACGCCCUCUCCCAAGGAGGACUGUCUGAGGAGCCGGUGCAGCAGGAGAGGGAGGCGGCGGCGAGCGUCGGGGAGGCGGCAGCGGCGGCGGCGAACAACGACGGCAGGGCCAAGCAGCGGCGGAGCACCACGAAAUCCAAAGCCAAGAAGAAGAGAUCAUCGGAGGAGGAGGGGGAGGAGGAGGAAGAUGGGUGGGGAACGGGAUCGGAGGGCUCGGAGGGAUCGGAGAGGAGCGUUGUGGAGCGGCAGAGGGAGCACCCGUUCAUCGUGACGGAGCCCGGCGAGGUGGCGAGGGCGAAGAAGAACGGGCUCGACUACCUCUUCCACCUCUACGAGCAGUGCCGCCACUUCCUCCUCCAGGUCCAGUCCCUCGCUAAGGAUCGUGGCGACAAGUGCCCCACCAAGGUCACGAAUCAAGUGUUUCGAUAUGCCAAGAAGGCUGGGGCGAGCUGCAUCAACAAGCCAAAGAUGAGGCACUACGUGCACUGCUACGCCCUUCACUGCCUUGACGAAGAGGCAUCAAAUGCACUGCGGAGGGCGUACAAGGAGAGAGGGGAGAAUGUGGGUGCAUGGCGACAGGCAUGCUAUAAGCCCCUCGUGGCCAUCUCUGCGAGGCACGGCUGGGACAUUGAUGCCGUCUUCAAUGCACACCCUCGCCUUUCCAUCUGGUAUGUUCCGACGAAGCUCCGGCAGCUCUGCCACCUUGCCCGCAGCAAUGCCGCCACCUCCAACUCUGUCUUGGGGGCCACCUCAUCCAACGGCUUCCCGCCGCCGCCGCCGCCGCCGCCGCGGACGACGACGGCGACUAUGUUUUAGUUGUCAAUUAGGAGCUGCCUGAGGUUUAUUUGGAGGCUGUGACAUGUAACUCUUCUUUACUGUAUCAUGACCUGUUUAACAAUGCAGCGUCUUGCUGCUAAGACAGGACUGGUCCUUUCAAAGGCAGAUUGAGAGGCAACCGGGCCUCAAAAAUUAUAUAGUGAUUUCCAUUGUUUGAUGCUGA